AUGGAGUUUUUGUUGAACUACUUUACCCAAGAUGAAAUUGAAGACUUCCAGCUGCUCAUAUUUUCAUUUGUUAUUUGGAAUGUCGUCAAUCUGAUAGUGAUGUACGCUGACUUGCCAGAUAAGCAUCUGCCCAGGGAUGAGAUGCUCGACAUGAGAAACAGAAUUGUAUCAUUCUUCCACGGAGCAAUUAGUUUGGUGCUUGCUGCUUACAACACUUACUUCCUACAUGGCUAGUGUGGGGACAAAAACACUAGAUUCGAAGAUAAGAUCCUCAUCUUCUCCUGUGGCUAUUUCUUCUACGAUUUUGUGGCUAUGCUUUAUCUCGGACUCAUGGACAAAAGCAUGUUCAUUCACCACUUGAUCUGUGUUUUCGGCAUGGCCUACUCCGUCAUCUCAAACUCUUCAGCUAAUAACCUCAUUGCAGCACUCUUCACAGCUGAGAUUUCUAACCCAGCUAUGCAUGUAAGAAUGGUGCUCAAGCACCUUAAUCUUAGAUACUCAAAGGCUUAUGAGUGUGCUGAACUCUCCUAUAUAAUGCUAUAUAUCUAUGGCAGAAUGAUUUUGGGAGUGCCCGUUCUCAUCAAGACAAUAGCCUGUGAUGCAAACCCUCUUAUCUAGAAAUUCUUCGGCUCUGGACUCAUCCUAUAGUCAGUCUAUUUCAUAUAUAAAAUGGCUUUCAUCCUAAGAGCAAGAUCAGCUGAGUACUCGGAAAGGAAAAGAAAGGGAAUAAAAAUGCAGUGGUUUAGCGCUCUCACCUAAGAAUAGAUCUCUCAAGUUGAUCUUUACAGUUCAAAGAGAAAGAUCAAGGUUCCCUGA